UCCUGAGCUCGUGAAAAGCACAGGUUCAUCUUUCUUCUUUUCCUCCUACUCCUUGCUCCAGGCCAGCACCUUUGCUCCUUUGCUCUUGCUGUAGCAUCCAUCCCAACCCAAAGCCAACAAUGUCUCGCCAGUCCACCGUGAGGAUUCAGAGGGGAAGAAGUGGCUUCAGCGCUGCUUCAGCCAUCGUCCCAAACACCUGCCGCACCAGCUUCAGUUCACGCUCCGUCACCCGGGUUGGAAGCUGCAAUGCUGGCAGUGGGUUUUCUAGGGUCGGUGGUGGCUUUGGAAGCAAAAGCCUCUACAAUGUUGGAGGAUGCAAGAGGAUCUCCAUGGCUGGAAGGGGUGGUGGCUUCUACGGACCUGCAGGUUUUGGUGGUGGCGCUGGUAGCGUGUAUGGUUGUGGUGGUGGCUUUGGCAUGCCAGCUAACCUUGGCUAUGGAUAUGGUGCCUUUGGUGGUGGCAUGGGUGGCCCUGGAUUCCCUGCUGGGGGCAUCCACGAAGUCUCCGUCAACCAGAGCCUUCUGAAACCUCUCAACCUGGAGAUUGACCCCAGCAUCCAGAGGAUCCGAAAGGAGGAGAAGGAACAAAUCAAAACCCUCAACAACAAAUUUGCCUCCUUCAUUGACAAGGUCCGAUUCCUUGAGCAACAAAACAAAGUGCUGGAAACCAAGUGGAGCCUGCUUCAGGAGCAGGGGAUGAAAACAGUUAAAAACAACUUGGAGCCGCUGUUUGAGACUUACAUCAACAACCUCAGGAUGCAGCUGAACAGUUUGCUGAGUGACAAGGGAAGGCUGGAGGGAGAGCUCGUCAACACUCAGUACCUGGUUGAGGACUUCAAGAAGAAGUAUGAAGAUGAAAUCAACAGGCGUACAGUUGCAGAGAAUGAAUUUGUGACACUUAAGAAGGAUGUAGAUGCUUCCUAUAUGAACAAGGUUGAACUACAAGCCAAGGUAGAUGCGCUGACUGAAGAAAUUAAUUUCCUGAGAGCCCUCUACGAAGCAGAGCUGUCUCAGAUGCAGACCCAGAUCUCCGACACGUCCGUCGUUCUCACCAUGGACAACAACCGAAACCUGGACCUAGACAGCAUCAUCUCGGAGGUCAAAGCUCAGUACGAGGACAUCGCCAACAGGAGCCGGGCUGAAGCCGAGUCCUGGUACCAAACCAAGUACGAGGAGCUGCAGGCUACCGCAGGCAGGCACGGGGACGACCUCCGCAACACCAAGCAGGAGAUCUCCGAGCUCAACCGCCACGUCCAGAGGCUGCGGUCUGAAAUCGACAGCGUGAAGAAACAGUGUGCAAACCUGAAAGCAGCCAUCGCAGAUGCUGAGGAGCGCGGGGAGCUGGCCCUCAAGGAUGCCAAAGCCAAACUGGCCGAGCUGGAGGAUGCUCUGCAACAGGCCAAGGCAGACCUGGCCCGGCAGCUGCGCGAGUACCAGGAGCUGAUGAACGUCAAGCUGGCCCUGGACAUCGAGAUCGCGACCUACAGGAAGCUGCUGGAGGGAGAGGAGUGCAGGCUGGCCGGAGAUGGCGUCCCAGUGAAUAUCUCUGUGACCAGAACAACUGUGGGAACAGGAUAUGGAGGAGGAAGCAACCUCAGCAUGGGAGGGGGAAUCUGUAACAUGGGGAACAGCUUCAGCUGCGGGAGUGGUCCUGGGGUGAGCAGCACCACCUUCGGAGGUGGCAGCAGCUCCAGCGUGAAGUUUGUCUCGACCUCCUCCACCAGAAGAAGUUACAGAAGCUAAAGGUUUCCUUUCAGACGCCUUCACUCGCCAGAAAACACCUUAACACUGGUCCUUUAUUAAAGCAUAGUUGGGGUGAAUGGAACGAGGGCCACCUAAACCCUAUGUCUUGUCGCACAGGAGCCCUCACUUUAGGAACCCUCUCUCAGCCAUGUUGUCUAGCACGUCGUGUAGGGCUCUGCUAUUGAACAUGAGUCCAAUUGUUUUAAAUUUGCAACUUGCUUGUUACAGCUCAGCAUUGUUGGCCGGAUUUUGUAUAUAAAAUGUGUCCCAUGACUGUUUGUCUCUCUUCACUUUCUGGUGUUUGUCUAAUAAAAAUGCAUAUGUAAUUUA